AUGAACAGUUCAGAAUUUACCAAACGCAAAGAUUUGUUUGAUGAAGCCGUUCUCAAAAACGUCACUGUGAUUAUAUUUGCUGUCAUUAUCAAUUCUAUCAAUAGCUUGCUGCUUUAUACUGCCUUCAAGAAUCCAGUCUUCACUCAGGAGCCCCGCUACAUCCUCUACAUGCAGCUGAUCAUCAAUGACAUCCUUACACUGACUGUCUGUGUGACUUUGUUUGUGUUUACGUACUUAUUGCCAAACUUGAAUGUUGGUGUCUGCUGCAUUUUAAUCCUCAUUGCAAACAACGUCUACAAGAACACGCCACUAAACCUGGCUGGCAUGGCUAUUGAGCGCUAUGUGGCCAUCUGCUACCCUCUACAUCAUGCACGAAUAUGCACCGUCCAAAACACCAAAAUCCUGAUCGGCAUCAUCUGGCUGGUGGGAGCCCUGCCUGGCAUAGUGGACGUUUUUGUCGUUUUGGCUCUUCGUCCACUCUCCUACUUUUCUACAAGCCGCAUGUGCUACCAGCAAAAUGUGUUAAAUUUGGAGUACCAUAUAAUAAGCCAUGCCGUUUUUAACAUCGGCUACAUGUGCUCAGUGUGGGUGCUGCUCUUCUACACUUAUUUCAAAGUGCUGUUCUCUGCUAAAGCAGCUGCUUCAGGACCAGCUCAAGCCCAAAAGGCCAGGAGAACCAUUUUACUGCAUGGGGUCCAGUUACUGCUCUGUACAUUGUCCCUGUUUACAACAGUCCUGGAUGGGGCCUUAACGGCUCUCUUUCCGCAGUCUUGGUCAGUCAUUUACUUCACCACCUUCACGCUCACCAGCAUUUUACCACGUCUGCUGAGUCCUCUCAUAUAUGGCUUGAGGGAUCAAAAGUUUAAGAAGUACAUGAAAAGUUCACUGAUGUGUGGCUCCAACAAGAGAGCUAUAGAUCCUUAUGAUUAG